CCAAUUCCUUAGACCUGUGGUCGGAGGCGCAUUCGUGAGCAUGCCGUCCAACAUGAAGUCAACAUCUACAUAUAUAUACGUCCGAUUCCAUACUUGCUACAAUCGAGCAUCCUGCAAACAAUCUUGACUACAGGCGUUCUAUUCUGUCACUAGCGCUUCGAUUACCUCCUUUCACUCUAUUAGACACCUAUCCUACCAUUCGAGCUCAAUCAUUCUUAUCUUCGGUCAUUCACCAUGUCCAACCAAGCAGCUUGGAUCAAGUCAGAAGGGGCCAAUCUCACGCUCGAUUCAGCAGAGACUCCUGCCCCAACCGCGAACCAGCUUCUGAUUAAGACCGGUGCCAUUGGUUUGAAUCCCGUGGAAGCCAAGCUCCAGAAGUUCAAGAUCUUUCCCAUACCGUACCCCAAUAUACUGGGCUUGUCCUUUUCCGGCACAGUCGAGAAGGUUGGCUCCUCAGUCACUGACUUCAAGGCUGGUGAUCGCGUUGCAGUCCACAGAUCCUCUGGUCAUAGCACAGGCCCGGUAGGCCCCUUUGAACACUCCAGCACUGGAUCAUAUCAGAAGUAUGUUAUUGCCGACUCCCAAACAACAGCCAAACUUGAAGACAACGUCACUUUCGAGGCGGCGGCAGCAGCCAUCACCAACCUCGCAACUGCUGUCUCUGCACUGGCUAUCUCCCUUAAGCUGGACCGUCCGAAUCCCAAAGGGCCAAAUCCAGCCAACGAAGGAAAGAAAGUCCUGAUCUACGGCGGAUCUUCCAGCGUCGGCGGCUUCGCAGUGCACUUCGCAGUUAGAGCUGGCUAUACCAUUAUCACAACCUCAUCACCCCGAAACCUUGCCACCGUAACCUCGCUUCAUCCCGCCAAAAUCAUCGACCACACACAGCCUGCCUCGUCUAUUGUCGAAGAGCUCAAAGCAGCAGGCCCAUACCACGCCGUCUUCGACACCAUCGGCCUCCCAACAACAACCACCAUUCUCGGCCAGGUGCUCGCAGAACAAGGAGGCGAAUUAUAUGCUACGCAGCCGCCCUUUGGGCCGCUAGAUCUGCCGAGUAAUGUGCAACGGCAUUUCGGGAGCUUUCCGGCUGCUUUCGAGCAACCGGAGAAUGAAGAGUAUAGGAACUGGUUUUAUGGCAUCUUCGGGAAGUAUUUAGGAAUGGGUCUUGUUGAUGAGUAGAUUGGGCCGGAAAAGAUUGAGGUUGUUGAUGGUGGCUUGGAGGCUAUUCAGGGGGCACUCGAUAGGUUGAUCGAAGGUGUUAGUGGGAAGAAGUUGGUCGUAAAGGUGUAACAGAAUUGGAGAAUCGAUACCACAUCACCACUAGAACUGGUAUCUAAGGGUCUAUUCUACGUUAUCUGAUGGCCUUCAACUAUCGACGAGCAAUAGAGGCAAUUCUACCGUUCUUUACAUUACCCUGGCUAGUUCUGCAUAAUCGAGCUCCCGCGUAGGGCGU